AUUUCAGCCACUAAAGAGUCGAAGUAAAACGGGCGUUACUUGGCGCUUCGGGCAAAACAAAGUGAGACGAGGAGGCGAAGAGACGAAAGAAGCUGAAUAAUCAGCUUAUAGAGCACACCACCGACAUUUGGUCAAACGAACAAUACUAAACCAAUGAGCGACACACGAACGCCUAAGCGCUGCACAAACGCUGAUAAUGAGCAAUGAGUUGUAAUGAUGAAAUGAUGAAGUGAGAAGGGGCAAUGCUGCUCAUCGAAACGAAAAAGCAAGUAACUGUAAAUAAAUUUGAAAAAGCAGUUGAGACCUGCAUACGGAUAUGCGCCGAUGAGUGAGAGUGAAGCRUAAUUGAGCGCUGCAAUAGAUGAAUAGACACUCGGCUGUGAUCACAAGUCAAUGAGUGGCGACAAAAACACGAUUGGGCAAAUGGAAACUGYGCGACAAAAACGAUAGUAAGCAGGAAAAGCAAGAAAAAAGUAGAAGACGGAAGCGCUGGCCCCAAAAGCACGAAAUGAAAGUGUAAACGAACGACAAAAAAGCAACUAAACGAAAACAAAAGCAGAGGCGAAAACUCAGCCACAUAAUCUUGCCAAUACCAAGUACCCAGAACMUAGAUAAACUUUCGCGUGCGGCGACCAAGCGAAAUUCGUAUUUAGUACCUUCCGUCCAAUCAACAAYCACACGAGUUGAUAGAUCGCGUGCAAAGCAACCAUUUCGUGCAACAAGCGGUAAUUACGACGGUUACACCAUUGGUGCGAAAGUGGUGAUUUGCGCGCAUGCGCAGUAUCAAACAAAUUGCACCAAUAAUACGAAAAUACGCGCUAAAGCGACAMAAACGUAGAAACUCAACAUUAAUAACGAAAAUUUAUAAUCAUAAUGGCUGUGCAAAAUCAGAACUUGCCACCAAAACCAYCGCAUUUGACCGCAAAAACCGCMACAGGCGCAACCGCAACAAACACACAUAUGAACGCCACACAACCGUUGGCGAAAACACGCACGAAAUUCGGUCAAGCGGCAGCAGCAGCAGCUGCAACUGGAGCCGCCACCGAAUUGGGGCAUAACACACAAGUAUCGGGUGGCGCUGGUGGUGUUUCGAUGAUGUCAACGCCAGCGGGGGCAACGGCGCCGACAGCAGUUCCGAAUGGUGGUCCGCGCGUGUCAUUCAAUCGGGAUGUGCAUGUUAAACGAAUCG